AUUGUUUAGCUGUCUGUCCUGCUGGCUGGAGCGAAUAUGGAACCUAUUGCUACAAAGAGUUCACCUCACGUGUUCACUGGGGUCCAGCUAAAAGUUAUUGUCGGGGACAGGGAUCAGGAGUAGAUUUAGUUUCUAUACAUUCUUCAGGAGAAAAUACUUUUGUUGGAUCAUUGAUUACUAGUGAUGCAUGGAUAGGUCUAUAUGAAGAUGACGAUGAUGAUUAUCAUUGGGCCGACGGCUCCUCUCAAAAUUAUUGUAAUUGGGACUCUGGUCAACCAAAUCUAGAUCGCAUAAUUGAAGACCCUAACUGUGCAGAAAUGCGGAAAAGUAAUUAUCGUUGGAAUGACGAGGAAUGCAGUGAUAAUGUUUACGAUGGAUACGUAUGCAAAACAUCAUAUUGUAACGUUGUCAACUGUCUGUCUCUAACGUUUGUUCUUAAUCCUCGCAAAUGUAAGUGUUCAUCAUGUGCAAGUCAGCAUUAUUUUGGCAUCAGAAACCUCUUGUCCAGCGUGCACCGCUAUCUCUAACUGUGAUCUUGUCAGUUGUACAACGGCAACUAAUCAAAAUUGUAUGACGUGCAAUGGUGAUUAUGGAACGGCUUUGGGUCAAGCGUAUCUCAAUAAAGUUACUAUAUGUGAAGAGAAUUGCUCCUGGAGAUCCAGCAGUACCAUCUGCUACCCUGGGACUUGUCCAGAUGGCGAAAACAGCUGCACAUGUACAUCCGGAUUUACUGGUACUGACUGCAGAACAUUGACAUCAAGUCAAACACCCAUCAUGAACUAUUGUCUGACAAAACUUCAUGACACUUCUGGUGGCACAUUGGAGUUACAAUGUGUGGAUAAUGGGCACACAUCAUAUGUUCGUAUCACGAAUUUGACAAAUUUCGAGAAUGACUGGAAGAGUAAUUACUACCAGCCGGCUGUUGCUUUCCCGCCUUAUAUAUCCAGCUUUGCACUAGGGAUGAUUCGAGGUAUCACAGUAGCGACUAUCUAUAAUAAAGCUGGUACAAGUACCAAGGAAGUAGCAAGACUUGCUUGUAGUGAUUUGGCAAAUCAGAACGUCCCGCGACAAUCUCUUUACCACUGUAUUGGAACCGACGGUCUUGAUUUAUCAGGAUGGGCUUUUGCGACUGGAGACAGAAUCAGGGUUGUUGUUGAGGUUGAAAACGGUGGUUACGUAACUGUUGAAGACCGCGACACAAAUUCGGCAUCUAAGAGGUAUUACACUGGACGUACACUUACGAGAACCGGAAAUUACGUAUUUGAUUUCGAUCGCCCUGUUCACUGCUCUAUCGCAACGUCAUGCACUCUUGAAAUUUUUAAUUGCGGAAAUGAUAUUACAAAACAGAAUCAAUUGCACAGCUUCAUGGGAAAUGAAGAUGUCGAUUUCAUCCAGUGGAUUGGACAAAAUGCAAAUUACAACAGCACUAAACAACAUCAAAACCAAUAGUAACAAUUGCAAUAACAAUGGCAACAGCAUUCUUACUAACACAAUUAACAGUGUGUGUUUGCAAAUUAGGUCUAACCUGUUUACUAAUGUAUUUUUGUUUUCUCUUUUUCAGUUCUGCAAAAUAAUAUAAAUUCAUUGAGUUUUGUAAUAAUAACUAGAAUUAUUUAGCUAUUUUGCCCUAAUUUUUUUAAUGACUGUUUGAAGGUUUGAAUGGCAUAUAAACAUCACUAUAAUUUUGCAUAGACAAUCAUUUUGAAAUGUGUGGAGAAUAGAUUGCUCCAAUUGCCUUAAAAAAAGUAAAGUGCAAGUUGCAACGGAAUUAGAUUCAACUGUUCGAAAUCUUCUUUCGUUACCACAAAUGUAUAUGAUUGAAAUUACAAUAUCAUGUUCCUUGGUUUACUCUUCGAUAGUAAAUGUGAAUUGAUGAUCGUUUUAACCUUACCUGUAACCUUUAAGAAAAUUUAAACAAUAAAUUACAAUAUGAUUUGCAAAUAUAUUUAUCAAAAAGCUCAUUGUUAGUUAGGAUAGUUUAGCUUAGUUUGUGUGAUUUUGUUUUACUUCAUUUUUUUAAUGUUUGACAAUAAAUGGUUAUGAAUAUAAUAAUAAUAUUUAUUUAUAUAGCAUAUUUUCAGAUUUCUUGUUCAAUGCGCUUUACAUAAAAGUAACGGCUUAAAGCAAUGCAUAAACAGCAAUGUGCUUUUUUUUUUUUCGGUUUUCAGGGAAACAUUACUGUAAGCUGGUCUA